AGCACGCCUCUAUAUAACACCCCGUACUUGCUCCAGCUUAUUACACUGCUACUCAAAAUAGGAUGGAUACAAUGCAGCCAGAAAAUGCUAUUUUAAAGGAGGGGUUCUUGGUCAAGCGGGGACACAUUGUUCAGAACUGGAAGGUACGCUGGUUCGUGCUGUUGCCGGACAGGCUUCUCUACUACAAAUAUGACUGCAGCAGAAAGGACUCAAGCCUGCGGGGCAAGGUGCUCCUGCUGGGGUGCCAACUAACUUGCCCCUGCCUGGAAUAUGAGAACAGACCGCUUGUCAUUAAACUGAGAACCCAGAAAUCUGCGGAGUACUUCCUUGAAGCAUGUUCACGGGAGGAGCGAGACACCUGGGCUGACAGCAUCACAGCUGUAAUCCAAAACCUAUGCCCUGGAAAAGCCCAGAAGACUCUGUCUGAACAAACUCCUCUACAGAUGAACAAUAUCAGUCUGAAUCAGGUGGUGGAUUCGAUGCAUGAUGUUCACAGCGGGAUCAAACUCACAAACAAUGUGGAACAAGGCAGCUACUUCAAGAACUGUUUCUCAGGCUCUGCUAUGGUGGACUGGCUGGUGUCCAUGAGCUUCGUUGUGACGCGUAAGGAGGCCGUCACCCUGGCCUCAGCUCUGAUGGAGGAGAGCUAUGUGAAGCCUGUUGGAAUCAAGAGCAUGGAGGCCAUCAGGAACAGCAACAUGACAGAACAGUUUUUAGAUGACUCCACAUCACUCUAUGCUCUAGCAGAAAGCUUUAAGAGGAAAGCAAGUGUGAAGUCAGGUGCGUCUCUCUCUGCUUUGGAGCUCAGUGGGAAAGUUGUGAAGAGAGGCUAUCUGCUCAAGCAAGGUCACAAGAGGAAGAACUGGAAUGUGAGGCUGUUUGUGUUGAGAACAGAGCCGGGGUAUUUGCACUACUAUGACCCCAGCAGGGAACAUGUCAGUCCUGUGGGAGGGUUUCCUUUGCGAGGCUGUCUUAUUUCUUCAUUAGAUGACAAUGGGGUUCCCUCAGGUGUGAAGGGUAAGGUGCAAGGAAAUCUCUUCAAAAUAAUAACUCAGAAUGACACACACUACUUCAUUCAGGCAACAUCAAGGGAAGAAAAGAUGGACUGGAUUGUUGCCAUAAAGCAGCUGACUUAGACCUGGAGCUAACUAAUGUAAAUGGACAUCGGUCUUCACUCCUGCCAUUAUACAGUGAAAAACUAGAAUCUCUUUAAUUAAAUUUCAGAGCUGCUGUUGCAUACUGUUGAACUGCACUUUAGAAAUCACUUUUCACAAUCCAAGUGUUUCCUCCACACGGAUGUAGUUGAUUCAGAAAAAACACUCCUCUCAGAAAACUGUCUUUUAAUGGGUAUUGCAAAUUGACCACUAUGGCAUCAAACAAACUCAGAGUGUGCUAAAGAACAGGAUUUGAUUUUCACUGGUUUAUUGCUCUAAGCCAUCUUUGAUGUUGGUAGAAAAGGAAUCAGUUUAAAGAUUAAAUGAAUUUAUAAUGCAAUUGUACAACAUUUGUUUCAUACAUUCUGUGAAUGUGACUUGAUUGAUUAAAUAUAAUGAUUUUUCACUUUUUUUAGACAUGAUUGAUAUGAUUCCUUUGUUUGAGAAUAUAUGUAACAAUAUUGUUUGAGCUAUUCAUUUCUUAGGUUUAUGUUCUUAUCAUGUUUUGUUUUUUGUAUUUGCAUGGUUAUACUACAUGCUUAUUUUGAAUUAAGAAACUAUUAUAGUUUCUAGGUUGUAGUAUUUAUUUAAAGUUUACAGAUUUUAUUACCACCACUGUUUUGUCUAUCCUUUCAGCGUAAAAUUUGAUUGAA